AUGAUAGCAGCCAAGGCAACCGAGUUCAUCCAGGAGAUAACGCACAGGUUUGGAGUGCCUAACCGGAUCAUCACAGACCUGGGCACCUCCUUCACCGAAUCCGAAUUCUGGGACUUCUGCCAGGAAACCUGCAUCGAUGUGUACUACACCUCCGUAGCUCACCCUAGGUGUAACAGCCAGGUGGAACGCACUAAUGGCUUGAUCCUUCAGGGGCUCAAAGCCAGGAUUUUCGACCAGAUCGAAAAGUAUAGCUCCAAGUGGAUCCUGGAAAUACCUAGAGUAGUAUGGGGGCUGCGCACGCAGAGAAGCCGGUCCACCGGCUACUCUCCCUUCUUCAUGGUUUAUGGUUCUGAGGCUAUCCUCUCGACGGAUAUUGCCUUUUGUGCUCCACACACCCAGAACUAUGACGAAGGCGAGGCCGAAACAACUCAGCGAAUAGACCUCGACUCGGCCGAGGAUCACCGUCUGAUGGCAGCCCUCCAGCACGCCCGGUACGAGCAGUAG